GUGACGUCACAUCUAAACAUGGCGUACAUCAAUGUCCGUGAUCGAACCGACUCAGGAAAAACUGGUAGAUUUCGUCUGCAAGACGUGAAUAUUGAAGGUUCAGUCACUAAUCUUUUACAAGAAAUAGCCAAGAAGAUCGAAGCCUCAAAAGAUGACAUCGAAUUGAUAUACUCUGGUCAGCGACUACUAGAAAGCAGACCACUCACUGCUUAUGGUUUGAGACCCGGCUCAACUGUCUAUGUGUUACAGAAGAGGAUAAGAGAUGAACCAGCAGCUGCUGCGAGUCACACCCCAAGCAAAGCUGAGAUUAUUGCUGCUCUACAGAGUGACCUCCUCAACCCAGCUUACAAGAGCAUUGUGGAGAAGAUGCUGACAGAUCCAGACACCAUCGAGAACAUCAUUGCAGCCACGCCCGGUCUUGACAGCGACCCUGUGGCUAUCUCAAUGCUGCAAGAUCCAGAUCUCCUCACUAUCCUAGCGCAUCCACAGAACAUUUCAAAGUUGCUGGAGAAACAUCCAUCAUUCGGCAAUGCCGCCAUCACAAUAGCAGCAGCUGUCAAUGAGGAGGGCUCCAAGGACGCUGCCCGAGUCUCUACAGGGACAUACUCUCUGGACCAGAUGUCAGAUGAAGAGGAGGAUGCGGGCCCACCGUCUGGCACGGUGGGUGGAGGUCAGGGCAUCACAGCAUCACAGCUGGCAGCUGCACUUCAAGCCGCACAAGGCUCGAGUCCAAGGUCUGGUGGCGCGUCUACAUCCAGUGCUAAUCCAAGCGGUGGACCUCCCAUCAUCUCUUCCGACUUCUUCCAGCAGGCGAUGCUGCAGGCUCAAAAUGCUGCCACAGAGGCCCAGAUGCAGCAACUGCGGGACAUGGGCAUCACUGACGACAACCUGGCCCGCAGAGCCCUGGAUGCCACAGGCGGAGACAUCCAGGCUGCCUUGGAACUCAUUUUUGCAGAUCAGAAUACAUGACGAUGACAGCCAACCAUGGACAUAUUGAAUUGUUGACGAAACAUAAAUUUGUGAAUAUCUUGUCAUAACAGAAUUCCUCGAACUUAUCACAGUGUUUGACUGUAGGAAUUAUCUUGAAUCAAGGCACCAACAAGACCAACAACACAAGAGUGGAAUAAUAUUUGUUUAUUUCAUGUAUGGAGACACUGAAGGUAAUACAUGUAAAACAACCAGGUGUGUUUGGUAUUAUCUUUGUAUCAAACCUGAUCACUGCUGUCCACCACAUUGCCAGGUACGAGAAGAAACAUCUCUCAGUCAGCACAGUAUCUUCCGUGUUUCGAAGAGAAACAAAUCAUCCUUUAAAUAUAGUUAUUGAUAUUUUUUCAGAUGAUGCUCUGGUUCACCAAGUUAACUCAUUCACUCAGAGAUUCUAGUCAUUCAACCAGUGAUCAGCUUUGAUAAAUGUAGCUCUUUUUCAUAAAGUCAAUAUGAGUCCUAUUUUCAUUAAUUUGAAUGACAGGUACACAUAGUGUUGACAUUAGGUUACCAUGGUUACAUCUCUCCAAACUGUCAAAACUUUUCAAAUUCAAAUUUAAGCUCGACCAACAUAGUGCAACGAAAUAAUAGAAAAGUACAAAUAACUCGAUGUAUGCAAGGUGAACAAUGCAAGGACUGCACCAUUAUAUGUUGUGUACUAAUAAUAUAUUAUAUACAUACGUCAUAAUCACAUAACUAUAUUUUUACUAUGAAUAUAAGAUACAUGUAAUACCAAACAACGAUAACAAUUCAACUACUGGCCACUAAA